AUGAUAUGGGGGCAGCGGGUGGUCUCUAUACAUGGUCUGAUUCUCACACAAAGGAGAGGCUUGACAGGGGUACAUGUACGCCAGCUUGGAGUUAGGAGUUUGGGUUCUCCAGGAUCAUCAAUCUCCACCCGAGCCGGGUUGAUCAUACUCCUCUUCUGCUGCAAGUGCGGAAGGAACAAAUGCGUCAGGACUUCUACCGGCGACAAUUCCGGUUUGAAGAAAUGUGGUGUGCUCAUGAAGGUUUCUCGGCCACGAUGGCGGAGGCUGGGGCACCCCAUAUGGGGGGAGCCGAUGUUGCAGCUUUGCCGAAAGCUUAAAGGGUUGGGAACUCAAUUCUUGGAUUGGGAUCGUACUGUUUUUCAGAGUCGAAGGGAAGAAGUGGAAGCUGUCCAGAAAACUUUUGAUCAGAAUGAUCAGGCCUCUAAGCUUCAACUCUCACAACGUUUGAAUGAAUUAAUGUCUCUUGAUGAGAUGUAUUGGAGACAGCGUUCUAGAGCGAUCUGGCUCAAGGAUGGAGACCGGAAUUCGCGAUUUUUCCAUAAGAAAGCAUCGAACAGGAGACAAAAGAAUAGAAUUAAGGGUCUAUUCGAUGUUAAUGGGGUAUGGCAAGAGUCCAAGAAAUAUUGGGACCUCAUUGGCCAUGAGGUUAGUAAUGCGGUCAUUUUGAUGUUAACUCAUUCGGAAUUGCCCCCAGAUUUGACUUAUACUUAUGUUGCUCUUAUUCCUAAGGUUAGGGAGGUGGUGAAUAUGUCGCAUCUGCGACCCAUUACAUUAUGCAAUGUCAUUUAUAAAAUUGUCUCUAAAGUUCUUGCUAAUAGACUCAAGAGUUUCUUGCCAACGAUUAUCUCUCCUCAACAAAGUGCUUUUGUUCCUGAUCGUUUGAUCUCUGAUAAUACUUUGGUAGCUUCGGAGUUAGCUCAUUAUAUGCACAAGUUGAGGCGGGGACGUGAGGGUUUUUUACCCCUUAAGUUGGACAUUAGCAAACCCUAUGAUCGGCUUGAGUGGGGCUUUUUACAGAGAAUCAUGUUGAAGAUGGGUUUUCCUGAGCAAUGGGUGCAACUGAUAAUGUCUUGCUUAUCUACAGUGCGUUAUGAUUUUAUUAUUAAUGGUACUCCCCGAGGGUUUGUCACUCCACAACGUGGGUUGCGGCAAGGUGACCCAUUGUCAUCUUAUCUUUUCUUGUUAUGUGCUAAAGGUUUAUCUGCACUGAUCACGCACUCGGUCUCUUCUGGUCAUUGGCAGGGGCUGCGUAUUUGUGAUGGGGCGCCUUCUGUUAGUCAUCUCCUUUUUGCUGACGAUAGUAUGCUCUACUCUAGUGCUACAUCUCAGGAUUGUACCUUGAUUAGGAAUUUAUUAAAUGUUUAUGAACGAGCUUCUGGGCAACAGGUGAAUUUGCAGAAGAGUAAUGUGGUUUUCAGUGGGAGUGUCCUUCCCCACAUGAGAGUUUCUAUGGUACAGAUUCUGGGAGUGCAAGUGGUGGAUAAGCAUGAGAAAUAUCUGAGCAUUCCAACUCUUGUUGGCAGAUCCAAGUCUGAUACUUUUGCUUACCCUUCAUAUGCUUGGAGAAGUAUUUUGCAUGGGAGAGAUAUACUUCGAGCUGGUAUUCAGCGUCAUAUUGGGAAUGGUUUGUCUACUAACAUUUGGACAGACCUGUGGUUAUGUGGGGAGGAGUUAGGUGUUUAUCUUUCGGAUCGUGUUACAUAUGUAGUUGACCUCUUCCUGUCCCCAAGUGUGUGGAAUUCUACUUUGCUUUCAGAACUUUUUCCUGCUCAUAUUGUUCAAAAGAUCCUUGAUAUUCCGCUUAGUCCCCGGAAUCAUGAGGAUAGAUGGAUUUGGGGUGGCGACAAAAAAGGCCGGUUUACAGUGAAGUUAGCCUACCAUGUGGCUCAACACAGAGUUCUUGCUGAUCAUUCUUCCGCACUCAAUCCAAGUGAGGCUCUGUGGAAUCAAUUAUGGAAAGCAUCUGUGCCCAAUACUGUGAAAAUUUGUGCAUGGAAAGCAGCGGCUAAUAUUCUUCUUACUCGGAGUCGGCUAAGUGAACGCGGUAUUGAUCUUGAUACCCAAUGCCCACUUUGCGACGAAGACGUUGAGACGCUUAUCCAUGCGGUUCGUGACUGUCCUCACGCUGCUAGCUUGAUUGAAGGUGCCAAUUUACCCUUGGUUUCGGCCCCUACAAACGUUGCUGACUGGUUGGUUACUGUCCAUAAUUUGACUCCUCAAAACUUUGCCCCUUCCUUGAUGAUCUUGUGGGCUACUUGGAGAAAUAGGAAUGCCAAAGUUUGGGAUGGAGAUUUCAAGCAAGCCUUUGAGGUGGUACCCAUGACUUUGGGAUGGUGGAAGGAUUACAAAGCAGCUCAUGUUGCUACUCAGUCCGUGUCGGGGAUCCGGGUCAUGCCAAAGUGGACUAAGCCUCCAGUUGGCUAUGUGAAGAUGAAUGUUGAUGCAGCGUUUGAUGAGACCUCUAGGUGUAUAGGGUUGGGAGGAGUGUUUCGUGAUCAUAUUGGGCUGUUUCUGCAUGGAUUUCGGCAUUCGGUCAUGACAGCAAACUCAGCCAAACAUGCUGGGCUGUUGGCCCUGCUUCUUGGGGUGCAGACAGCUCUUGAGAAUCAUCUCACACCUCUAAUUGUGGAAACCGAUUGCCUGGAGUUGGUGACGGCUGAUAGGAGCAUUUUAAUGUGA